AUUCUGAAUUUCCGAGAAUUCAAUUUUCUGGAGCAAUUUUGUAUAUAGAUUCUUGUAAUCAUCAGAAUUAUGCGAAGCAGAAAUACAGAACAUAAAACGAUGAAGUGCUUACAAGAAGCAAAAAUGAUGGCCACCAUCAAGAGGUUGGUGCAUUUUAGAGAGCCACCCUUAUGUCUGAAGAAGCUUGCUGGAGCAGUCGUGGAUAAUUUACCAAAGCCAGAUCCUUGGGAAUGGGAUGUCGAAGACGUUGUUUCCUGGAUAAUAAAUAUUGGGUUGCCACAAUAUGAAAAGAGUUUUAGGAAAAACUUUAUAACUGGCAGACGAUUAAUAUGGAUUGAUUCUUCCUCUUGUCCCAAAAUUGGUAUUCAAGAUUUUCAUGAUAUACAGCUGAUUACAGCAGCUAUACGGAAAAUAUUUGGGAUUGAAUUAGAAAAGUUUCGAAGAAGCAUUUCAUUGCCACCACGUUAUCCAUUCACACACUUUUUGUUAUUUAAUUCAAGAAGUGGAGCCAUCCGAGAAGCUAUCACUUGCACUCAGCUUUUUUAUAAAAUGGGUAUUCUUCAAGAAACGGAAUGUGACGAUAUGUCGAGACAUUGGAAAAUUAUUAAUCCAGUAUUAAUUGAAUUUCCUUCUACUCGCUUUGGUCGUUCUUGAAAAAUCAUAUUUUGUUUUUUUUUAAUGU